UGACAUGAACUUGGAUCGGCCAGAGAUCACGGGGAUUUUGCGAUGCACAGCGGAGCAGCUGAUCUCGACCGCCGAAUUCCGUCCACAUAAGCAUAUCCCCGCACGCUCGCUCGGCAAUUACCGAACUGCCCUUCCUCGUCAUCACUCACGCUCGGGCGGAAAUAUCGCUCCCCCCCUGCGAUCCCCUGUUUCGGUUCAGCUACAGCGUAACCUUUCGUCCUCCCGACAGCACCCAAAAAGAAGGUACAGACAAGAGCUCUCACCUACUGGAGAGAGAAGAGAUAGAGAGAGAAAGAGGAGAGAGAGAAUCCAUGGAAUUGGAAGAAUUGGAAUCGCCCGCUUCGUCGAGGCGCAACAAGGAAGCAGAUCCGAUGAUGAUCGAAGAAGGGCUGUCCUCCCCGGGCCACGCCGCCUCCUCCUCCGCCCUCUGCUGCAACGACUGCUUCGGCUUCCGCCGCCCCGGCCGCCGCGCCGCCCGGCCGUCCUCCUCCUCGUCCAGCUUCUGGGAGCGCAUCGGCUCGUCCCACUUCGACCGCCGGUGGUGGGCGCCGGGGCUCCGGGUCCUCAUGAAGCUCCGGGAGUGGUCGGAGGUCGUCGCCGGCCCAAGGUGGAAGACCUUCAUCCGGCGGUUCAGCCGGAGCCGGAGCAUCGGCGCGGCCGGGGGAGCCCACGACCAGUACAGGCACGGCGGCAGGUUCAACUACGACCCCAUGAGCUACGCCCUCAACUUCGACGAGGGCCCCGGGCACGACCCCCACCACCUCGACGACGAGGACUACUUCCGCCGCUACCGGAACUUCUCCGUCCGGAACGGGCCGGCCGCCGGCGGCGAGGGCCCGGCGGCGGGGAAGAGCAAGGACGGGAUGGCGGUGGCUGCAUGACGGGGUCCCAACUCCCCACGACCCGCCGUCGUGGGGGGUUGGACCCCGUGACGUCACUUGGCUGCUUGAUAUUUAUACACCCCCUUUUUUCUGGAUUGUAAAGUGAUUGUCGUUUUGAGUGGGUCAGUGUUGUCGUUUUAUGCUCGCAGCGUACGGAAUGGCUCUGUAAAUGGUAGCUUGCACGUAGGAGUGAAGUCGCGUCUUCCGCGCAUUUGAUUUGAAAAAGUUCCGUGCACGUAUUACUCAA